AUGGCACUUUGGGAACAAGGAGGUAGCAGUGGUUUUCAACAACGAAAAGCUGCUGGUGAUAAUGAUGCUGGUAAUGCUCAGCGUGCAUCAGUCAAAGGUGUCUUAACAUGUACAUUAGCCACAAUUCUUAAUGCAAAGCAUUCUGAAGCAGAUAAUUGUUUCGUAUAUAAACAUUUAAAAUUUAAUACAGUUAUGCUUAUGGGUUUAAUUCGUGAAGCAAAUCAUGAAGUUAAUGGUAGUUUAGCUACAUAUGAAAUUGAUGAUCAUUCUGGUGGUUUACUUGAAAUAAAAUGGUGGCAUGAUGAUUCUGGUGAACCAUUAAAACCAUUAACUUAUGUUAAAGUUGUUGGUCAAGUUAAAAUUUUUUCUAAUAAAGUUCAUGUUGUAGCACAUCAUAUUAGUAAAAUGCAAUCAUUAAAUGAAUUAAUAGCUCAUUCAAUCGAAUGUAUUCAUGCUAGUAUGAAUAUUCGAAAACAAGGCGAACUUACUGGAACAAAUAUGGGAACAAAUAAUAAUAAUCAUCAUACUGGUAGUGGUGGUAUGCAUAGUCAACAAGUAUCAAAUGGUUUUACACCAGUACAAAAUGCUGUUCUUAAUUUAUUAAAAACAGUAACAUCAAUGACAGGUUAUAGUGUAACAGAAAUAUGUAAACAAUUAAAGCAAUUUAGUGAAAAUCAAGUCAAGCAAGCAUUAGAAUUUCUUUCUGGUGAAGGUCAUAUCUAUUCAACAACAGAUGAUGAUCAUUUUCGUGCUGCUAGCAAUUAA